AUGGCUAGUAACUCCAUGCCUGCUCAGUCACGGCCUGCAGCAUCUGUGCAACCGCCCAGCGAGUUCAAAACCGAGUACCAUCCUCCCUCUUGUCACCCAACUCUCUUCCAACCCUUUGAUGAAUUCCGUGUCUCCCUGGAGGCCCAACAAACACCUAUCGACGAGGAGCCGUGGCGUCCCUUUAUAUCACAUGCAGACUUCGAGUUUUCUGAGAUCGCACUUGAUGCUGCGCUUAUUAAGUCUCAAAUAGAUGCACUCCUCGACCUCAUCUUACGUGUCUCUCAAGUCCCUGUAACAUACAAGAAGAAUGAGCAGGUAUAUGAGGUUCACACACGGCCUAUAUGGGAUUGGGCCCUUGAUCUAUUGGAUAACCCACUGCUUGCGAUGCACUUUGUCUGGGAUGUGUGCUGUGUUUACAAGCACAAUGCUACAGGGUUCAAGCAUUUUUUUGAUGAACCGUGGACAGGAGAUUGGUGGUGGGACAUCCAAUCUUCUCUUCCACCCGAUGUUGAUGGCGCCGUGCCAUUUUGUUUCAUUUUGUAUGCUGACAAGACAAGGCUAUCAUCCCAUGGCACAGUAAAGGGGUACCCAGUUGUAGUACGAUGCGCAAACUUGCCAGUACACAUCUGGAAUGGCGAGGGAUUCGGUGGCGGCUGCAUUGUCGGAUGGUUACCUAUCGUUCCUGAAGAUGCAGGUGAAGAAGGCAAACUCGGAUAUACUACGCUGAAGCGUGUUGUAUGGCACAAAUCGUUCUUGAAGCUGCUGGAACAUGCUGCCCAGUACUCAAAGACUGGGUAUUUGCGCAAGUGUCACAAUGACAUUUUGUGCAUGAUGUCGCUCAUUCGUGGCCAUGGUGGCAAGUGCCCUUGCCCCGUCUGCUUAGUACCAUUGGCGGAGCUUCACAACUUGUCGAAGACCUACCCCCUCAGAUCUGUGGAGGAAGCAAAAGAAGCGCUUCACAUUCAUGGGCUCAGCAAAGCUCAAGGCAAGGAAAUACUAAAAGUGCUUGGUUUGCGACCUGUCAAGAAUAUAUUUUGGAUCAUCUUGCAUUCAAAUCCGCAUGACAUGCUCAGUUUGGACCGAUUGCAUUCAUUGCAUGCUGGUCUUUGGAAGCACUUACUUGGAGAAUUGAAGAAAAUCCUUGCAUCACUCGGACGUGAGGCCGAGGCAGCGUUUGAGGAACUGAUCGCUAACUUCCCUCAAUGGCGCAACUUGAACCACUUCAAAUCUGUCAUCAAUGUCUCGUUCACUGAUGGAAACAAGUUCCAGGACCUUUCUAAGCAAACUUUAUAUGCAGGUUUGAACAUCCUGACGCCUAGAGCCUCUCCAGAGGGCUACCAGCUUCUCCGGGUCAUCAGCAGCUACCUCCAGUUGGAUAGUUGGAUCGGUCUUGACAUGCAUACCGAGAGCACGCUUGCAGAAAUCGAAGCCAAGCUUCUGGUGUAUGUUACAUGCGCAGAAACAUCUCAGAUUGAGAAUUUGAAGCUCGACUGGGACUUCCCGAAGACGCACCUAUGGAAACACUUUGUUCGCGAUAUUCGACAUAAGGGAGUAGCACAUAACUACAGCACACGCCCGAACGAAAAGCUUCACGGUCCUCUCAAAGACACUUACCAUCAUCGAACAAAUGGAAAGGACAUUGCGACACAAAUCCUUUGUGUCAGCGCACUUGAUGAACACCACCGGAUACAAAAACUUGGUGACAAUCUUCCCGAUGAAGACAUUCCUAUCGCUUUCAACAGUCAUGUGAAACUUGGCUCACCAAUGCAGCGUCCCUCAUCCAUCAUUGAUAUUGAGAACCUCAACGCAAGAGAUCAUGCAUUUCGAGCUUUUCAUAGAAAACUUUCUGAAUUCAUCAACACCGCUCUGCCUACCUAUGGCCAUCAACUGAUGAGUUGGCUUACAAUUCCAGCGGAUUUUGAGAUUCACGAGCACCGCUAUCUAAAGGUCAAUUAUGAAUCAACGGUUGACUGGAAGCAGGUUACUGAUCACCUCUGGUGCAACCCACAAUUUCACGGGUCGCCACGAUGUCAUAUCCCGAACAUUGGACCCAUGGAGUUUGCGCUUGUUCAACCUUAUACUGCCGGAAUAGGCAGUCCUCGCAGAAUGGAUCGCUCCCUCAAACUCACUCGUGUCAAGGCUCUCCCUAGGGCGUCAUCAAUAUUCAUCCCACUCAGCUCUUUCAUUCGAGGCACUGUUUUGGUUCCUGAUUCCAAAUGUCAAGAUGAAUACAUUGUUGUCGACCACAUCAACAGUGACAUGUUUCUCUGA